AUGGCGUGGCAGUCUCCCUCUGCCAUGGCUGGGGGUGGAGGAGGGUAUGGAGGAGGAGGAGGAGCAGGAGGGGGAGGAGUCGGUGAUGCCGGUAUGAAUGGUGGUCUUCCGCAGGGGACUGAGUAUACAUUGCAAGGGGUCAUGCGCUUCCUCCAGACGGAAUGGCAUCGGCACGAACGGGACCGCAACGCGUGGGAGAUUGAGCGUGCCGAGAUGAAGUCUCGCAUUGGCAGGUUAGAAGGAGACGUUCGGACCAGCAAGCGGAUGCACGAGUCGCUGGGCAAGCAUGUUCGGCUCCUGGAGGCCGCGCUGAAGAAGGAACGGGAGAAAGUGAAGAAGCUGAGCAACAAUGAGAAGCUGGAUGAUUAUCGCGACUCCAAGGAGAUCGCUCGGGAAAGCCUGGAUGCCCUGAAGUCCCAGCGCCCUAAGCCCUAUGCUAAUCUGCUUGACGCCGAGCUCGAUUCUGACAGGAUGAACCAGCAUGAUGUCCGCCAAGAUAUGGAACGCGACAAGUCCCGUGUGUAUCUGUCGAAAUGCUCCCAAGAAGUCGCCUAUCAUGUCAUUCCCGCAUCGCACCCCCCUCCGGACCUGAGUGAUCACGAGCUCUCAAACCAUAUGUACGCAAACCAGCAGCUUUCACAGCAGAGCCUGGAAGAGGCCUAUCUCCAACAGCAGAGGCAGAAACAGCAGCAACAGGCGAACAGUCUGAUGACCCGCGAGCCGGCCUUGCAGAACCACCAGCAGAUGGCUUCUCCCUACUCGGAAGGCACGGGCAUGUUUCGCACACACGACCAGUUUGGUCACCCGGCAUCUUCGAGAGAAGCACUGGAACGCAGAACGAUGGAGUUGCAACAGCAGCAACAACAACAACAACAACAACAACAACAACAAGCUCCUGUCAACGCCGUUGAUACACGGAAAGGAUCCUUUGACCAGCCUCUACUCGAUAACAGAGUCGACUCUGCCAAACUUGCGUAUGACAACUACGGCUCCCAGGUCUCCGUCAAGGAAGACCCUAGACCACAAAACGUUGAAAAUGUGUCGGAAGAUACGGACGGCUGGAAUUUCGAUGAACCGCCCACUCCGGAGUCACAAGCGCAAGCAGACCAGGCCCCGCAUCACCGGCCAGAUACCGACGCCUUCCCCAAUGCCAACUUCACGCGUCCUAAAUCUCCUGCUCGAGGUGGAUCUCUCUCUCACCGACGGAAGAGUUCGGGCUCCAGACGCAAGAGUGACGGGGCUGCGGAUGCGAGAGAUCAUGCCGCAGCGAUGAGCGCAAAACAAGACUCCAGUUUCAAGGUCAAAUUCGCACUUAGAGGUCAUCUGGACGUCGUUCGCUCGGUGAUCUUCACAGGUGGAGGAAGCCCCUCCGAACCCGAGAUCUGUACUUGCAGUGACGACGGCACGAUCAAGCGAUGGAUUAUCCCCGCCACCUACGGUGUAUUUGGUUCCCACACGGCUAGCUCUAGCAAUGAUCUGGACAUCACCAGCUACUUUACCCACCGGGGCCAUGUGGGAGCGGUUACCGCCUUAGCCGCAUGCUCACCGUCGCAGAAUUUCUCUAAUGGUGGCCGUACUCUGGGAGACGGCUGGGUUUUUUCAGGCGGCCAGGAUGCUAGCGUGCGCGUCUGGGAACGAGGCAGAGUUGACCCCAAGGCCACCUUGGAUGGCCACACGGACGCCGUAUGGGGCCUCUGCGUUCUCCCUGGCACUACGGGCUCUGUCUUUGGCGACUCAUGUACUCACUAUGGCGGACCCGAUCGUAUUCUUCUUGCAUCUGGAGCAGCGGACGGCCGAAUCUUGAUCUGGGCUGUCAGCGCGCCUCCCCAGCUGUCCUCACCCCAGGCCGGAAACCGCCGAGCGGGCGGCAGUCGCAGAGCCAACUCCAUCUCCUCCGGAUCGAAUUUCCCUUCCUCCCCGCAGCCAAGCAUGGCCACGACAACUCCAUUCCAUCACACUCUCGUCCAUCACAUUGUGCGCACCGCUUCUCCCUCUCCGACAUGCAUCAGCCCCUUGUCUCUCGCCGGUGUGAACUUUGUCGUCUCCUGCUCUGAUGCCUCUAUCCUUGUCUAUGAUACAAGGACUGGCGAAGAAAUUGUUGGCAUGGCAAGCCUUGAAACAUACGAUGGCACACCGUCGACUGGGGUGAAUUCUGUCGUUGCAACCACCAUUGGAUUCGAUGGAACCGCGAAUCUGGAUCCCAGCCGGACCUUGGCAGACGAAGAAGUUGUUCACGGCGCUACCGGUUCCAGUAAUGUGGAGGGAGUCAUCAUCAGCGGUUAUGAGGACAGAUAUAUUCGUUUCUUCGACGCCAACAGCGGCCAAUGCACGUACACGAUGCUGGCCCACCCGUCCGCUAUCGCCUCGCUUUCGCUCUCUCCCGAUGGGCGUGAGCUGGUUUCUGCCGGUCACGAUGCCAGCCUACGCUUCUGGAACCUUGAAAAACGCAGCUGUACCCAAGAAAUCACUAGCCACAGGCUGAUGCGCGGCGAAGGGGUCUGCGCGGUUGUUUGGAGCCGCGAUGGCCGUUGGGUCGUCAGCGGUGGAGGCGACGGUGUCGUCAAAGUCUUCUCGAGACAAUAACGAUGAGGUUUUACAUCCGAUGUAUGAUGUUUGUUCCGCCGUGAAGCCGGUAGUUCCAUUUUUUUUUUUCUUCUUCUCCUCUUUUCCUUUUGGCUCUAUUUACCUGCGACAUCGUUUGGUUGCAUGGACCGGAUCCAGUUUUCUCAAGAAUACGCAAUAAUGCUUCCUUUUCCUGGCUUGCAUAUGGAUUCCCCCCCUUGUACGAUUUGUGCUCCCGAUCCUUCGACUGCUCCAUUGGAAUGAUGGAGACCUCGUUUUCGCAGACGUGGUCCAAGACCGUGUAUGGCCUUUGAUAUUAUAACCCGUAUUGAUCGGCUUCGGCCGCCUUUUCUCCUUCUUCUCAUUUUAUUUUUCUCUUUUCAUCCCCCUUCUAUUUCUCCCAUUGGGCCUCUCACGGCGCCAGAUGUACGCAGAUGAAUAUAGAGCUUGCAAGGCACU